AUGGAAUUUAAGUGGAUUCAGAAUUUUCUGCUCCCAUUAACUAUUCGCCCUAACCAAUUGAAUGUAUUAACUUCAGCAUCAUCCGAAUUUUAUGAUCACCCACAACAGAUAUUAUUAUCUAAUGGAAUUGGAGUUGAAAGAAUGAGCAUUCAUCAUCAAAAUUGA